AAGAAGAAGUAUAUCAGAAGAAGAAGAAGGGGAAAAAGAAGAGGAAAAGCACAGCUUUUUAGCUGCUGUACUUAAAGGAAGCGCCACACCAGUGGCUUUGACUGAGCCAUGCGGUUCCUGCCUAGGAAGUAGCACCCCUGCAGGAGGGAGGAAGUGUGUGUCUGUCUUCAAGCCUGGGCAGUGUCGCACAGUGAUGGGGCCGAGGAAGAAGGCCUCUAAACCGCAGCCUGUGGUGGGCAGCAGUGGAGGGGAAGUGCUCCUGAGACCCAGUGAGCCCAAAGACUACAUCAAUGAGCUGUCCCAUGAAGUCCUCUGUCAUAUAUUCAGGUACCUUCCCAUGAAGGACAUCAUGUGUAUGGAGUGUCUGUCCAGAAAGCUUCGAGAAGCUGUGACUCUGUACCUGCGCGUGGUCAAGGUGGUGGAUCUGUGUGCCGGCCGCUGGUGGGAGUACAUGCCUUCAGGCUUUACAGAUGGCAGUUUUCUGCUCCUUUUGAAGAAGAUGCCAGAUCUGGAGCAGCUAUAUGGCCUCCACCCUCGGUACCUGGAGAGGAGGCGAGUCCGAGCCUACGAGGCUUUCAGUAUACCUGGAGUCCUUGAGGCACUACAAGCCUGUCCCAAUCUGCUGGGCGUGGAGACGUCCCAUCUGGAGCUGGUGGAAGCCAUAUGGAACUACAUGCCUCAGGUUCAUAUACUGGGGAAGUUCCGCAACCGUAAUGGGGCCUUUCCCAUUCCUGCUGAGAACAAACUGACCAUCCCCAUAACUGCAAAGAUCCAGACCCUACAUCUCGUGGGUGUGAAUGUCCCGGAGAUCCCCUGCGUGUCCAUGCUGCGUCAUCUUUACCUGAAGUGGGUUCGCCUCACCAAACCUCAGCCGUUUAAGGACUUCCUGUGUGUGAGCCUGAGAACCUUUGUCAUGCGCAACUGUGCAGGGCCAACGAACUCCCUCAAAUACGUUCCCCUGGUAACGGGUUUAGCAUCAGCUCGGAACCUCGAGCAGUUGGAGCUGGUGAGGGUUCCCUUCCUCGGGGGGCUGAUCCAACAUGUGGUGGAAGACAGCUGGAGGUCAGGAGGAUUUCGGAACCUCCACACCAUUGUGUUUGGAGCGUGUAAGAACUCUCUGGAAGUGGACCUGGGUUACCUCAUCAUCACUGCUGCUCGCAGGCUUCACGAGCUGCGUAUCCAGCCUUCUCUGACCAAAGAUGGCGUCUUCUCAGCCCUAAAAAUGGCUGAACUAGAGUUUCCUCAGUUUGAGACACUUCAUCUGGGAUAUGUGGAUGAGUUCCUGCUGCAAUGUAAGAUGACUCAUUCGGAGCUGGUGAAGUAUGGUCUGGCUGAUGUCAUUGAGAACCCAGGCAUCAUCACUGAUAUUGGAGUGAAGGUAGUGAACGAGGUGUUCACUAACAUCAAGUACCUGCUGAUCUACAAUUGUCCUCACCUGCAUAACCCUCACCACUGGAUCACAGAUCAGUCCAGAUGGAGUCGUCUGGUCGAUCUCACUCUGGUUCGCUGUCAUGCCAUCAAACUGGAAUCCUUUUCCCAGUUCAUAGAGGCACUUCCCAGCCUGGAGUUCAUCUGUCUGGACCAGAUGUUUAGAGAACCACCCAAGGGCUGUGCCAGGGUGGGUCUGAGUGCAGGGACUGGUAUCGGCGUGUCCUCAGCACUUGUCAGCAACCAGAACUCCAACAACGACAAUGAUAACAACAACAACCACCACCACCACAACAAUGAGCCCAACAUGCCCCCUGCCCCUCCACCUGUCAACAUCAUCAACAACAACAACAACAACCAGAGACAGCAGCAGGAGCACAAUGCAGCAGCAGCAGCAGAGGUAAAUGGGAUGGAGGAUGAGGAAGAGGAGGAGGAGGAGGUGAUGUUGGAGGAGGAGAACAUGGAGCAUCAAAUAGAGCUGAAAGGAGCACAAGGGGAGGUGAGAGCUGAGGGGGCGGACGCAGCUCCAGGGCCCAGUCGUCUGGCUGAAACACCACAACGUCCCGACGAGGAGCAAGCAGGUCCCAGUGGCUUAGUACAGCAGAACAGAGCAGCAGGGGCAACUGUUCCAAAGCCCCCCCCGGUCAUCUCAGACUCUGACAGUGAGGAAGAGGAAUGUCUUGUAUCAAGGCUAAUGCCAGCUUCCUGUUUGCAGCAGCCAGCUUCCUGUGCAGAAGGGAAAGGAAAGACUCCUCUGAGGCGGAGCAACAACGUGGCCGGAUCAGCGGCAGACUCGCCUGACCUGACGAAGGCUCAGCUGUCAGAGAGCAGCUGUGAGAAGAGCUGCCAGGUGACCAGUGAACAGAUCAAAGCCGACAUGAAGGCUGCUGCUGACACCAGCAGGAGGACUAGUGCUAAAGGAGCGGAGGCUGCUGCUCGCCUCGGGGGGGACACUGGGACAGGGCGGGGCCCUGGAGGGAGGCCGCUCACUGGCUCUGCUGCCUGGGCUGGACCUGGAGCUGCCUCUUCCAGGCAGGUAGGUGGAUGUGGGAGGGUGGUGAUGGGGACCUCCCACAGAGCAACCACAACCACUGAGAGAGCAACAGGAACUGGCAGGCCAAGUGAGGGCUCAGAAGGCCCUUCUGGAGCAGGGACUGAGAAGAGCUCUUCUUGUGUGGACAACGGGGCUCCCAGGUGUGCUGCUGUCAACCAUGCCUACAGGAGAGCAUCACUGCUGCCUGCACAGGGAGAGAGACCAGCCACCCCCCCGGGAUCUGCCCCUGCUGACGGGUCAGGGUCACAGCACGGUCAGCCCGGAGACAAGGACUUCGUUCCUAGAAGACCUUUGACCCGAUCUUGCACUCGUAUGACCCCUGUGUCGCUGGUAUCUGAGACAGGUAACUGAACACAGAACACACUGAAUGUCCCACAAUCAUCACUUCAGGGGAGUGGCACUGACCGUGCUUUCCUUUAUGUGCCAAGGCUUGGGUUUGUAGUUUCAUGGAGCCCAGUAAGUGGUGGUUCUGCACUCAGUGUUUCAAUAUGCCCCCCUUCAAAGUCAAAUGAGAA